AAAGCAUUGUGGGAAGAUGGUAUUUUCGCGCGUCCCGUUGUUUCCUCCAGGACUUAAGGCCACAUGAAGCACUGCAGCGCGCGAGACUAUUCUUUAGUUAUUUCAGGAUAAAGUUCAUAUUCAAGGAAAUUACUUUUGAAAAGCAGCAUAUUAGCAAAAACUAACAAUGCCGAACUUUUGCGCUGCUCCAAAUUGCACCAUAAGAAUCAAUGGGUCAGCAUCGCCAUUCUUCAGGUUUCCAAGGGACACUGAAAGGUACCUGUCUGACUAAGUUGGGGUUCCUUGCUUGACAUUGCAUACUGUACUGUCUUUAAUUGCACAGUAAGUUAGCCUAACCAACGUUAUCUGUCAGCCAGAGAUGUGUUUUGGGUUAGCUAUUUCGCUAGCAGCUAACGUUAGCCUACUAGCUAGUUUUGCUGCAUGCUUGCAGAGAUAAUUGCAUUGCUAGCCUUUUGGGUUUUGUAAAUAAGUAGGUUUGAAUUUGUAUUUUUUACACCAACAAGCUAGCUUACGAGAGAUGGCAUUAGGAAUGACCCAAUGUUUUAGUUUGCAUGUCAACGUUUCACACGUGAUUAAACCAUUGUCGACUAUAGCAAUCAUAUCAUAGGAGGUUGGUGGCACCUUAAUUGGGGAGCACUGGCUCGUGGUAAUGGCUGGAGUUGAAUGGGUGGAAUUGUAUCAAAUACAUACAUUUGGUGCCAUUCCAUUUGCUCCGUUCCUCCCCGCAGUAGCCUCCACUGAAUCAUAUCUAUGUUCAAUCUCAUUCAAUGAUAGCUAAAUGUAUAAAUUAAAAUUGUUUGUUUUGUCUGUCUUGCACAGAUGCAAGCAGUGGGUGGACAACUGUCAUCGCAAGGAUCUUGAAGAUAAAACACCUGACCAGCUAAACAGACACUACAGACUUUGUGUUAACCACUUUGAACCAUCCAUGAUAUGUAAAGCAGUAAGUGAUGUUGAUGUUUGACCUUUCUGUUUUUUUGGCCUAACUGAAAUGUUUAAAGGUGCACCAUGGAGAAAUCGCUCCGCCAUUUUCUGGUGGCUAAAAUUCUAAUAGCAUAAUUUCAGUUUGUGACAAAACAAGCAAUGAAUGUGUAGAGAAUCAUUGUACCAUCUAAACUGCUGUGAAAUAUAUUUUCAAUAACCAAAAUAUUGUAUUUUCAGCUAUUUGAAGCUGGUGUACAAAACCGAAAGUAAAAGACGCAAGAAUGGGAAGCAUAGAAAUAUCUCACAUAGAAUCGACCUACUUCUUCUUAGUCUUGCGUUCAAUGAGAAUGACAUAUCUAUAAAUGUAGUUGAACAGAGAUGUGCACUUCAGUGCUACAUGCCCAUCAAAUAGGUUAGGUUAAUAAUCUCUUAUCAUCUUUCAUAUUUUCAGAGUCCUUACAGGACAAAGCUGAAGGAUAAUGCCACACCAACCGUCUUUGAUUUAACAGGCCACCUCAAUAAUCCACAAAGUAGGCAAUGCAAGAGGAUUAAAGAACUGGUAUGGGUUUCUUCUAUGUUUAACAAAUCACAAGUCAAAUACUCAAUGUAUUGAAAUCUUACAAUUUAAAGGCAUCUUCUAACAGCUUGUUAUUGACUGUUUCUCUCUUUCUAUUGUACAGAGUAAAGCUGAAGAUAGACAAAUGAAAGAGAGGAAAGGUAAGUUGUGCAUCCAAUUUACAUUGAACAACAUUUUAUUUGUUGAGGCUGUUUUACAAUGUAAUAUGAUAAUAAUCAAGGUUUAAAUUGAAUGACCAGCAAUGAAGGAUGUAUUUCUCUCUUCAAUGCACGACCAAAAGACCCACAAGCAAAAAGUUACACUAAUCCUAUUUUCUCAAUAUUGAUUUCUUUGUCUAUAGAGGACUCGGUGGACCAGUCAAAGACAAACAAAAAUGAUGCGGAAGGUCAAGAUGACCCUGAGACAAAUGACACCACCCAGCUGACCUCUGAGGAGAAGGAGCAUAGAGAAUACCUCAAAUCACUAUUUGAAGUUAUUUUAGUGUUGGGCAAACAAAACAUACCUCUGAACAGACAUACCGAGGAGGUGCAGGAGAGCAAGUGCCUUACUCCGAGCAACUUCAAGGCAUUGUUGGAGUACCGAAUGAAUGCUGGUGGUGACGAAGCUCUCAGGAAAAGGUUUGAGAUGAGCACUGUGAACUCAGAGUGCUGCACCUCCACCCAGCAGAGGCAGAUGAUGGAGGUCUGUGAGAGUUGCAUCCGCGAGGAGCUCUUACAGGAAGUCCGAGAGGGUCGCUUCUUCUCAUUGGUCACUGACGAUGUGGUUGAGAUCUCUGGCGAGUGCCACCUUCCCUUGUUCUUGCGGUUUUUGGACCAGGCCAACUGCUUGCGGGAGGAGUUUGUGGGAUUCCUUCCAUUUGAGGGAGACGAUGAGACCCUGAUGGAGAGGCUGCUGACUGAGGUGACAAUGAAGUGGGGUUUAAAUAUGGACUACUGUAGAGGGCAGGCCCACUUCAGCUCCGGUGUGCAUUCUAGCAAAAUGAAAGCCAUCGCAACCAAACUCACAGAGAUGUACCCCACAGCAGUCCACACACCAAGAUCGACCUGUGCCUUAAAUGCCUCACUGGCAAGUGGAGUGGCUUUGACAGGCGUUCAGAUUGUCAUGUCUACUUUCAAGAAGAUUGAGUCUUUUUUCAACGAGGCUUCUUCACUGCAAUUGGAGUUGGAGAAUGCCAUCUCCAUUUUCUACCAGGGCAAUGAAGAGAAGGCCAAUGAUCUGAAAGAGGCCUGCCGUACCAACUGGACAGUGAGACAUGAUGCAUUCGAGGUGGCAGUCGAUGUCCUGGAAUCUCUACUGCUCUGCAUGGAUAGUGUUCACGACAAUGAAGAUCUGAGGUGGAGUGACCAAGUCACAAAUGAUGCCUUGGAGAUAUCAGAGGCUCUGGCUGAUUUUGAGUUUGUUGCAACAUUGGUUGUGCUGAAAAACACCCUGUCGUUCACAAGAGCCUUCGGCAAGAACUUGCAAGGGCCAACGAUGGAUGUCUACUUUGCUGCCAACAGCUUGACCGCUGUGUUGCACUCGCUGAACGAGGUCUCGGAUAACAUCGAUGUGUACCAUGAGUUCUGGUUCGAAGAGGCUGUUAACCUAGCCGCUGCACUGGAGAUUCCGGUCAAGGUUCCCAGGCUCUACUUGAGAAAGCACCGCCCAGAAGCUGGAACAGAGAUCCAGCCCGAGAGCUAUUUCAAAGAGCACCUGACCGCCCCGGUGGUGAGCCACGUCAUCAAUGAACUGAACAACCUCUUCUCUGAAAACCACCUCAACGCCCUGAGAUGUCUGACGCUUGUCCCUGCUGUCAUGGGGCAGCUGAAGUUCAACACUUCUGAGGAGAACAACGUGGAGAUGUACAGGAACGACCUUCCCAAUGCAGACACUCUCCCCACUGAGCUGCACUGCUGGAGGGUGAAGUGGAAGCACAGGGGCAAGGUGACCCUGCCCUCCACUGUCCAUGAGACGCUGCAGCUGGCUGAAGUGAAGUUCUUCCCCAACGUGCUUGCGUUCUUGAGGGUGCUCGGCAACCUGCCAGUCCUGAGCCUUGAGGAUAUCGAUGGCGAUACUUCUCAUAAACGCUUUCAGAUGUACCUGGAGAACACACCUGACAAACACAGGUCCAAGAGUCUGGCGUUUCUGAACAUACAUUAUAAUGCCAGACAUGACUUGGAUGUCAUGGUUGAUAGUUACAUUAAGAUGUACCCUGAAAAUGAAAGUUAAAUCCGAUUCAUUUCAUGACCUCGUGAGCAAGUAUGCCAGCCUGUUGACUAAAUUACUUGUUCUUUUAUGUUAGUGGUAGUCUGUCCUCAGCAUUUGUGACCUGAGCUGACCUCUUACCUAUUGGAUGUUUGAUAUGUUGAAACCACUUAUUUUAGCUGUAUAAGUUUACCAAUGCAAAUAGUAUUUUUAUCAAUCAUUAGUUUUAGACUGCAAAAUAGUUUUU